AUGUUCUCCUUCAACAUGUUUGACCACCCGAUUCCCCGGGUCUUCCAGAACCGCUUCUCCACGCAGUACCGCUGCUUCUCCGUGUCCAUGCUUGCGGGGCCUAAUGACAGGUCAGAUGUGGAGAAAGGAGGGAAGAUAAUUAUGCCGCCCUCAGCCCUCGACCAACUCAGCCGACUUAACAUCACCUACCCCAUGCUGUUCAAACUGACCAACAAGAACUCAGACCGAGUGACACACUGCGGGGUGCUGGAGUUCGUGGCUGAUGAGGGCAUCUGCUACCUCCCGCACUGGAUGAUGCAGAACCUGCUGCUGGAGGAGGGCGGCCUGGUUCAGGUGGAGAGCGUCAACCUGCAGGUGGCCACGUACUCCAAGUUCCAGCCGCAGAGCCCCGACUUCCUGGAUAUCACCAACCCCAAGGCUGUAUUAGAAAAUGCAUUGAGAAACUUCGCCUGUCUGACCACUGGGGAUGUGAUUGCCAUCAACUACAACGAGAAGAUCUACGAGCUGCGCGUAAUGGAGACCAAGCCGGACAGGGCCGUGUCCAUCAUAGAGUGCGACAUGAACGUGGACUUCGAUGCUCCCCUGGGCUACAAGGAGCCGGAGAGGCAGGCCCAGCAUGAGGAGUCAGCAGAAGGCGAAGCUGAACACAGUGGCUACACCGGGGAGUUGGGCUUCCGUGCCUUCUCCGGCUCCGGAAACAGACUGGAUGGGAAGAAGAAGGGGGUGGAGCCCAGCCCCUCCCCAGUCAGGCCCGGAGACAUCAAGAGAGGAAUUCCCAACUACGAAUUUAAACUUGGUAAGAUCACGUUCAUCAGAAACUCCCGUCCGCUGGUCAAAAAGGUUGAGGAGGAUGAAGCCGGAGGCAGAUUCAUUGCUUUCUCUGGAGAAGGACAGUCGUUGCGUAAAAAGGGAAGAAAGCCAUAA